CUGUUCAUCUUUGACGGCCUGGAUGAAAGCAGACUUUCACUGGAUUUCAAGAACAACAAGGUUGUGUCUGAUGUCACCCAGAAGUCAUCAGUCAACGUGCUCUUAACAAACCUCAUCCAGGGGAAUCUGCUUCCCUCAGCUCUCGUCUGGAUAACUUCCCGACCUGCAGCAGCCAAUCAGAUCCCUCCUGCAUGUGUUGACAGGGUAACAGAAGUACGAGGCUUCACUGACGCCCAGAAGGAGGAGUACUUCAGGAGGAGAGUCAGUGAUGAAGAGCUGUCCAGCAGAAUCAUCUCACACGUCAAGACAUCCAGGAGCCUCCACAUCAUGUGUCUAAUCCCAGUCUUCUGCUGGAUCACUGCUACAGUUCUGGACCACAUGUUUACUACAGACCAGAGAGGAGAGCUGCCCAAGACCCUGACUGACCUGUUCUCACACUUCCUGGUGGUUCAGACAAAGAGGAAGAAACAGAAGUAUGGUGAGGGACAUGAGACGAGUCCACAGGAGCUGACGGAGGCUGACAGGGAAGUUCUUCUGAAGCUGGGGAGGCUGGCGUUUGAACAUCUGGAGAAAGGAGACAUCAUGUUCUACCAAGAAGACCUUGAGCGGUGUUGUCUUGAUGUCACAGAGGCCUCGGUGUACUCAGGAGUUUGUACAGAGAUCUUCAAAAGAGAGUGUGUGAUCUUCCAGAAAACAGUUUACUGCUUUGUUCAUCUGAGCAUUCAGGAGUUUCUGGCUGCAGUCUACAUGUUCCACUGUUACACAAACAGGAACACACAGGUACUGAAGGCCUUCAUGGGAGAAGACUAUGUUCAUUCAACCCUGGAUGUCUUCCUGAAGAGAGCCAUGGAGAAACCCCUGAGGAGUAAAAAUGGCCACCUGGACCUGUUUGUUCGCUUCCUUCAUGGCCUCUCUCUGAAGUCCAACCAGAGACUCUUAGGAGGUCUGCUGGGUCAGAUGGACAACAGUCCAGAAAUAAUCCAGAGAAUCAUCAACAACCUGAAGAAGAUGAACAGAUAUGAUACCUCUCCAGACAGAAGCAUCAACAUCUUCCACUGUCUGACGGAGAUGAACGACCACUCGGUACAUCAGGAGAUCCAAGAGUUCCUGAAGUCAGAGAACAGAUCAGAGAAGAGCCUCUCUGAGAUCCACUGCUCAGCUCUGGCCUACAUGCUGCAGAUGUCAGAGGAGGUUCUGGAUGAGUUGGACCUGAAGAAGUACAACACAACAGACGAGGGACGACUGAGACUGAUUCCAGCUGUGAGGAACUGCAGAAAAGCUCUACUUUCUAAAUGUGGACUCUCAGCUACUCACUAUGAAGUUGUGGCCUCAGCUAUGAAGUCCAACCCCUCCCAUCUGAGAGAGCUGGACCUGAGUUACAACGUAUUACUGCAGGAUUCAGGAGUGAAGCUGCUGUCUGCUAGACUGGAGAGUCCAAACUGUAGACUGGAGACUCUGAGAUUGAGGCUCUGCAGGUUGUCAGAAAUCAGCUGUACUUCUCUGGCCUCAGCUCUGAAGUCUAAUCCCUCCCAUCUGAGAGAGCUGCAGCUGACUAACAACGAGCUGCAGGAUUCAGGAAUGAAGCAGCUGUGUGAUCUUGUGGAGAGUCCAAACUGUAGACUGGAGACUUUGAGAUGGAAACCGUGAUCUCUGUCAGAGUGAGUGAUCAGAAAAGUGGAUGUGUUGAGAGGAUCAGCCGUGUCCUGAUGAUCCACAGAGGUUCACCACCUGGACCUGCAUCUUAUUUUGUCUUUUUUUUUAUUCAUUCAUUUAUUCUGAACCCAACAUGCCUCUGCAGAAUAGUUCAGUUCAUGACAACAUAACUGUAGAUGAACACAUUUAAAUAGAUCUUUCUGCUCUGCUUUGUGUUGCAGCUCCACCCUGUGGAAUGAUGGAGUUUUGCUGUUUAUUUCCACAUAUUUCUAAAUAACAGUGGAAGUUAAAGCUGAAGUAGG